AUGGAUAGUUUUACGAUAAAAGGAAAAAGUGGAAGUGGCUCAUCUGCUAUGAAACAACAAACUAUAAAUUCAAUGGUGAAGGAUAGAGAUUUGGUGGUUCGAGAUAUUUGUAGAUGCAUAUAUGGCAAUGCAUUGCCAUUUAAUUUAGUUAAGAGUCCACUAUUUAUUAAUAUGGUGAAGUCUAUUAGUGAAUAUGGUAGAGGCUUAAAACCAUCAACUUAUCAUGAAGUGAGGGUGUCAUAUUUGAAGAAAGAAGUUGAUCUUGUCCAUACUAGUUUGGAUAAAUAUAAGUUGGAAUGGAAGAAAAUUGGUUGUACAUUGAUGUCAGAUGGAUGGACUGAUAGAAAUGGUAGAUCUCUUACUAAUUUUCUUGUUAAUAGUCCUAGAGGGACUGUUUUUAUAAAAUAUGUUGAUACAAGCAGCUUUAUUAAAGAUGCUGAAAAAAUGUUUGAAUUACUUGAUGAGAUGGUGAUGGAAAUUGGAGAAGAGAAUGUCGUUCAAGUAGUGACAGAUAGUGCUUCAGCCCUUGUAUCUGUUGGACAAAAGUUGAUGGAUAAAAGAAAGCAACUCUUUUGGUCACCCUGUGCAGCCCACUGUCUUGAUUUGAUUUUGGAAGAUAUUAGUGGCAUUACAUCAAUUUUGAAACAAAAGAUUGCACUUCGAUCUAUGUUUACAUCUGAAAAAUGGGUUAAUAGUGCUUAUUGCUCUAGGCCGGAAGCCAAAUUUGCAGAAAAUGUUGUUUUAGCUGAUAAAAGGUUUUGGAAAUCAAUACAUUAUUGCUUGAAAAUUUUGUCUCCUCUUCUGAAAGUUCUUAGACUUGUGGAUAGUGAUUCAAAACCUGCAAUGGGAUACAUUUAUGAGGCUAUGGAUAGAGCAAAGGAAGAAAUAGCAAAGAGUUUUAAUCAUGAGGAAAAGAGAUAUAAGGAUGUACGGGAAAUCAUUGACAAGCGUUGGGAUUUACAACUUCAUAGGCCUCUUCAUGCAGCCGCCUAUUUUCUUAAUCCAAAGUUCCACUAUGACACAAAGUUCAACCUAGAUCGUGAGGUUAAAACUGGCUUGUGGAAGACAUUGGAGAAUAUGUGUCCUGAUAUUGAAACAAGGAUCACAAUUGAUUCCCAAAUUGAGAAAUUUGACAGGGCUGAAGGACUCUUUGGAAAUAGUUUAGCAAUUUCAACUAGAGCUAGGAAGCAACCUGCUUUAUGGUGGAAUAGUUUUGGAGACGACUGCAAAGAGCUACAAACAAUAGCUAUUCGUAUCCUAAGCCUCACUUGCAAUGCUACAGGGUGCGAGAGAAAUUGGAGUGUGUUUGAUCAAAUUCACUCUAAGAGAAGAAACUGUGUAGAGCAACAAAGGUUGAAUGCUCUUGUGUUUGUUAAAUACAACCUUCAACUUGAAAUUAGGCAAAAACAGAGGGAGGAAAAAGGAGACACAUAUGAUCCUAUCUGCUUAUCAGAUUUAGAUUCUGACGAGGAACGGAUUUCUGAGCAAGAGGAGCCUUGCUUAAUGGAUGAGGAAUCUUUGAUGGAUGUUCAUGAGUGCUUCAACAUUGAUGAAGGAGACCAAAGCAAAAAGAGAAAGAGAGGUCCUCGAAAUCUUCAAGAUGAUAGGAAUGAUAAAGGCAAAGGCGUCUUAAUACAAAAGGAUGUCAACAGGAAUGAUAACAGAAAAGGAUCUCAAAUUAUUGAACAAGAUAUGAGAGAUGAGUCAGAUGACUCUACUAAUGGAGAGGAUGAAGGAAUAGAUAUGCCAAUACUAGAUCCUGAUAGUGAUAGUAGUGAUAAUAUUAGUCUUGAAAUUUAA